AGAGAGUAUUUGGAGAGUGGAGAGAUACGGUGCGAACAACGCUUCCCCUUUUCCCCCUCUUUCUCUCCCCUUUCUUUUCAACUUUCCUUCUUCUACUUCUCACGCGCUAACACUACCCGCUGCUUUCCCUUCCUAAACUCUUCAUUUCCUAUUUCUUCUUCUUUCUUCUUCUUUCUUCUUCUUUCUUACUUCUUCUUACCUUCUCCCUUUCAUCUUCCGCCUCUCCCCCCGAUUCUCUUUCUGUUCCCUUCCUUUUCUCUGUUUUUUUUUUUCUAUGGAGUUCAAGUUUCGUGUCGAUGAUCUCCGAAAGCCACCGCCACCUCCACCGCCUCCUCAGAUGCACUUUCUUCCUCCUAUGCCUCCGCCAAUGCACUUUCUUCCUCCUGCUUCUCCGGCUGUUUAUUGUUUAUCUGAGCAAGGAUUUCCAGAUUUCUUCAUGGAUUCAGCAGACGCGUUCAGACAAACGACGAACAUCGGAACACUGAGACAGCCGUUCAAUUUAAACGAGGAAAUGCACUUGGAGAUGGAGUUUAUGCGAUUGAGAGAAGAGAAAUUGAUUGGGGAGAUUGAACGGGAGCGAUUUCUGAAAGAGGAAGCGAGGAGAGAACUGAGGUUGUUCGAACGAGAGAUCGCUAUUCGAGGACUUACACAGUCGGCAGUUGGAUAUCCUUUCCAACAGCCGCAACGAUGGGUAGCGCCGCCGUUCUGCCCUGUGACAGGGCCGCCGUCCAGCGCUGUGGCAGUGCCUUGUCCAUCGCCGUCUCAGGCAUUAGUGGUGCAAUCGUACCAUGAGUGGCAGAAUAUGGAGCAAGUAAAAACUUCCGACCGCCUAGGGUUUGGUGCGGUGGCGUUGCGGCCGCGGAUUCAGCCAUUAAUGGUGGAAGACAAAAAGGAGGCUGCCAAUGAAAGAAAACUCAUUGUACUGGAAAAACCCGUUCCGAAUGCCUUUAGAGAAGAGCGAAAGGCUGAGACGACGACAUCACCAUCCAUCAAACACAUCCUACCAUCUCUUGUGAAGAAGACUUCCAAGGACGAGUGGAGUUGUGCCCUGUGUCAAGUAACCACUGCGGAAGAAAAAUCUUUUAAUGAUCACCUUCGUGGCAAGAAACACAGGCGUAAAGAAGCAAACCUGAGAGCUGAAAAGGAGAGCAAAGUUUCCCGAGUUGCACAUGAGCCAUUAUCGAAAAAGAGGAGAAAGCUACAGAAAGCCAUGGCAGCGGCAGCAGGAGGAGGUGCGGAAGGAAAGGAAACAAAAGAUGGAGAAGCAGAUGUAGGUGAGAAAAGUGAAGGCAGUGUUGACAUGAAUGCAUUAAUUCCGUACUUUCUGAAAAAGGAGAAUAAGCAGCAGCAAGAGAACAACCCGACUACUAACAACGAUGUCAUGGCAAAAAGUUCAGUAAAGUUCAGUUUUUGGUGUGAAAAGUGCAAAGUUGGUGCUUAUGUAACGAAAGUGAUGUUAGCUCAUGUGAAUGGGAAGCAACACCAAGCAAAACUUAAAAAAGCUAAUCAAACUGAGGAGGAAGAGCGACUAUUGUAAGUAAGUAAUUUUAGCUUUGAAGAAAUGUAGAUUCUGGACAGAAGAAGGGGAACUGGCAACGACACGUGUUGCUCGGUGAUUUGGGGGCGAGGGGUGGGAAACAAUAUAGUUUAGGCUAACCCUGAGUUAUUUUCAAAACUUUAGUGGUGCUUGAUUGAUUCCACAGUUAAAAAAGUGAUUCUAAAAAAUGGUUGGUAAGUAUAUGGUUAAUGUAUAGUACUGCAUAUAGAAACUACAUUUGGUAAAUGUAGGUCCGUACUAAAUUAUUUUUUAAGUAUCUAUCUUAGUGUGUUUCAUGUAA